AGCUUUGAUGUGCAUGCUGAUGGGAGAUCAGAUUACAGGCAUCAGACCGCAGGCUUUCAUCUGAGCUCUUGCUUCAGAGCUGGACACGGGACGGGUUCAGACCUCAGCGGCGAGCACACUGGAUCACAUCCCGAGCAGCUUUCCAUAGGAGACGGCGAUCUCACGAGCGACUCAUUAUCGUGUAUGUGGGAAAUACCUUUCACAAUGCCCCGGGUUCUGAUCCUCUCCAGUUUUCCUUUUCAGUGGAUACUUGUCCUUCCACUGUGUCUUAUGUUUGCAGUUAUGGCAGAGGAGAGAAGAGAUUGCAGGGAGCAGGAAUACAAGGAUACGUUUGGAAACUGUAUUCCCUGCCGGCAGUGUGAUGCUGGACAAGAGCUAUCCAAGGAAUGUGGCUUUGGCUAUGGGGAGGAUGCCCAGUGUGUGCCCUGCAGAGCCAGUCGCUUCAAAGAGGACCGCAGCCUGCAGAAAUGCAAGCCCUGUCUGGACUGUUCCCUCCUCAACCGCUUCCAGAAGGGGAACUGCUCCACGACCAGCAACGCCGUAUGCGGAGCCUGCCUGCCCGGGUUUUACAGAAAGACGAAGUUGAGUGGAUUCCAGGAUAUGGAGUGUAUCCCAUGUGGAGAUCCGCCACCACCAUAUGAACCAAAUUGUAUGGGGCGAGUAGAUUUUGUACCUGUCCAGCCUGCGGUGACCAGCCCCAGAGACAUGGCUCUAGCUGCGGUCAUCUGCAGUGCGCUGGCCACCGUCCUGCUCGCCCUCUUCAUCCUGUGCAUCAUCUACUGUAAGAGACAACUGCUGGAGAAGAAACCAGUUUCCUUGAGGUCCCAUGAGGGUCCUUAUGUGGGGUCCGAGUUGUCUUGUUUGGAUCGGAGAGCUCUGGAGUUUUCCCAGCGGCCUUGUCGUCACUGUCGUCACGGAUCGGGACAGACCUGCGGUCCUGUGCACCUGAUCCCGUCUCUGUGCUGCGAUGACACCUGGAGCCAGAGCCGCGGCCGAGAGACUCGUCCCUUUCACUCUCACAACGGUCUCAAUGAAGGAUUGGUAAAUCCAUCACUGGGAAGCAGCCAGGCAGAUGUGGGAUGUGCACAUGAUGCGCCUCUCGUUCAGACCGGCGCAAUCUUAGACAGCCCCCAGUGCGGCUCAGAGUCCACACAGAGAUGCUCCUCGUGUGAUGAGGACGAGGACGAGGAACGAGCCCUGCAGAGCUCAGGCCUGACCCCAGCUGAGCCUGAGGAUGAGGAUGGGUCAAACACACGGCUCCUACAGCCACAGCUGUCUGCAACUGAAGGUGAGUGAAGCUACAGGUCAAACGCAACUAAUCCCUCCAAAGUGACUCUCUGUGGAUCAGUGCUGCAGUCCUCCUGGGAACGUCAUGUAGAAGAGUUUAGAAGUUAAAAUUAUGAUG